CAGUCUCAUCGCUUGUGGGCGAGGCUGUUUUCUUCCCAACCCCCUGGUAAUGCCUCCUCUGGGACCUGGGCCUGAGGUUGUAAUAAAUGCCCAGCAGAGCUGCGGUCCAGCACCCUGGGUCCUCCCCACCUCCGCUAGCCUGCCGCGCUCCCCGCCCUGGCACCGGCGUCAUGCUCUGGAAGGCCCUGCUCCUCUCCGCCUGCUUUGCCCUGGUGGUGACUUACCCCGCACUGCUUCAGGAAUUCAUCACUGACUUAGAGUCAACCACUGUCCUGGAGUCAACCACUGACCCAGAGUCGACCACUGGCCUAGAUUUGACUACUGGCCUACAGUGGACCACUGGCCUAGAGUUGACCACUGGCCUAGAGUUGACUACUGGCCUAGAGUUGACCACUGGCCUAGAGUUGACUACUGACCCAGAGUCGACCAUUGGCCCAGAGUUGACCACUGACCCAGAGUCGACCACUGGCCUAGAUUUGACCACUGGCCUAGAGUUGACCACUGGCCUAGAGUCAACCACUGACCCAGAGUCGACCACUGGCUCAGAGUCGACCACUGGCCUAGAGCUGACCACUGGCUCAGAGUCGACCACUGAUCCAGAGUCGACCACUGGCCUACAGUUGACCACUGACCCAGAAUUGACCACUGGCUUAGAGUCGACUGCUGACCCAGAGUCGACCACUGGCCUACAGUGGGCCACUGGCUUAGAGUCAACCACUGACCCAGAGUCGACCACUGGCCUAGAGUCGACCACUGACCCAGAGUCAACCACUGGCCUAGAGUCGACCACUGACCCAGAGUCGACCACUGACCCAGAGUCGACCACUGGCCUAGAGUCGACCACUGACCUGUCAGACUUGACCACGCACCAUGACUUCACUGAAGAUGCACAAACAACAACUGACGUGUAUUUGGAGAACACACAGACUUUUGAAUUGCCUACUAAUGUGGGAUUAAACACCCUGAGCUCUAAGGAAGAAGCCACUGAGGUCACAGAGGAGCCCAGCACCUCCACGGGAAGCAACGAGUAUAACACAGUGUUUUUUGUUUAGAAAAUGAAGCAGAUUCUCAUUACCUGUGACCAUCGCUCUACUAACCACAACAUUCUAAGAAGAUUCUGAGCCUCUGAACAAGCCUUCCAUUCCAUUAUAGGAGCUUGAAUAAUUGUAAAAGACUAGACUAGUGAGACAUCGGAGGUACCUACUUGAGGAUAAACAGAGUGGCAGGAAUUAUACACAGACAGAAGAGGGGCAUCUCUUAACCAUGUCCCAUUUAAUAUGGGCUCAAUAAAUGUUCAUUUGUACUAAA